CAAUGUUUCUCCCAAAAAAAAUUGGAAUUUUUUGAAAUUUUUUUUAUUUUUUUUUUGAUUUUACUGUUCACCGAGCUCAAAUGAGCUCGGGAGCAGAAAGGCACUUUCGCAGUAUAAUGUGAAUUUGACAAAGGGUGGUCUGCUAGGUCUUGGUAAUGGGUUUCCGCAGCGACCAGCUCAUGUGAUUUCUCUUCAUGGUUAUGGAAUUGGAAGAAGUAAUGAAUUUGCAUUGCCUUUUGGAGCUAGAGGUUUGUUGCAGUCAAUCCGCAGAGCAUCAACCGCAACUGCUGGGCAACCUAAGUUGGAUACCGAAGAAGAACAGAGUGAGGAUCAGAAGCAGAAUAAAAAGAAAAAGGAGGCAUCCCCAGAAGAAUGUGACCAGGCUGUGGAAGGCCUAAGCACAGCAAAAGCUAGAGCCAAAGCCAAGCAGGUGCAAGAAUCUCUAAAGGCUAGCCGAUCAAUCGUACAAAAAUUCUGGGCAAGGCUUCUGGGUAUUGGCCCUGCUCUCCGAGCUAUUGCUUCAAUGAGUAGAGCUGACUGGGCUGUAAAGCUGAAGCAUGGGAAGGAUGAAUUUAUUUCUAGACUGCAGCAUUACUGGUUAGGAACAAAGCUACUUUGGGCAGAUGUUAGGAUUUCAUCAAGAUUGCUGGUGAAGCUUGCUGGUGGAAAGAGCCUGUCAAGGAGAGAGAGGCAACAACUCACCCGUACAACAGCUGAUAUCUUCAGGCUGGUACCUGUUGCUGUGUUUAUCAUUGUUCCGUUCAUGGAAUUCUUAUUGCCGGUGUUUCUCAAGUUGUUUCCAAACAUGCUGCCAUCCACUUUUCAAGACAAGAUGAAAGAAGAGGAAGCGUUGAAAAGGAAACUGAAAGCAAGGAUGGAGUAUGCAAAGUUUCUGCUAGAUCCUGCUUAAGAAUUGGCAAAGGAAGUCAAAGCAUUAUGCAGUGGAGAAACUAAACAGACCGCUGAAGAUCUGGACGAAUUUUUAAACAAGGAUGUCACCAAUGUUGGAGAUGAAGGUGGUUUUGCUCCUAACAUUCAGGAGAACAAGGAGGGCCUUGAACUCUUGAAGACUGCAAUUGAAAAGGCUGGAUACACUGGCAAAGUUGUCAUUGGAAUGGAUGUUGCUGCUUCAGAGUUCUACAAUGACAAGGACAAAACCUAUGACCUCAACUUCAAGGAAGAGAACAAUGAUGAUUCGCUGAAGAUAUCUGGAGAUAACCUGAAGAAUGUAUACAAGUCAUUUGUGAGUGAGUACCCCAUUGGCUUGAUUAAGGAUCCAGUUGAACAAGAUGACUGGAUGCACUAUGCUAAGAUGACUGAGGAGGAGAGUCUUGAUUAUGACUUUCUAGUCAAUAACCAAAUGGAUCAUGUGCUCAAAGCAUCCAGCCAAGCUAAACCGGAAAUGACACCAUACAAAAGGAAAGUGUUCCAAAAUGGCCGAACUUUCUCUUCAAUUGGACCGGAACCGGAGCUGGAAGUUCCGGUUGUUAAACAAUUGAUAUUUUGUGAUGAUUAUGAAGCACAGAGAUGGCCACUCUUUCCCCUUAAGGAUUGUUUACUUGCUGGUGCUAUUCUUAAGCCAAUUUCACUAGGUGGACUCUUUCGGAAAGUGGACCUACAGGUAUUUGGCAAUUCAGUGUUAGGCGAAUUGGGUUCUGAUCUUCUUCGACAUGGCUCUGGCCUUGUUACAGUCAACAUGAUGAGGGGGGUUAAUGUCAGUCAGCUACUCAAAAUGGACAAUAUCCUAUGGUCACCCUCGCACAGGGGGAUCAUGUUUAAAAGCACAUGUAUAACAGAUGAGGAGAAAGAUGAGGAGAAAGAUGAGGAGAACUCUAUGGAAUGCCCAUACAAUGCUCUCCGGGUAUUGUUCAAUGAAUGUCUGGAAGCAUCCAGAGGACAGACGGCAGAGUUUCUGAGAACUCCGCUGGAUGUUAAACAUUUAUUAUUCUAUCUGGAGUAUGCUAAGUCUGUGGACAAACGACUGAUCAAUAAUCAUUCAGCGAUCAGGUUUCCUGGUGAUCGGAUUGAUAGGAAUGCAGCUGCCAACCGUUUCCUGCGACAUACAGUUGCCAACAGGCUCAAAAGAAUGCGGUCUGGAUAUUGUCCAGACUCCAUUGGUGCCUAUAAAUUAGAAUCUCGUGUGAAUCUAGUGUUCAGCGACCUAUCUGAAGUGUUCCCGAAUAAGUUAUUUGAUCUGGAGGGCCUGCACCCACUUGUCAAUUACUGGGUACGGGAGGGACAAGCACUUCGUGGUAUAAAAAAAACAACAGAUAGAGCUCCACUUGAAAGGCCGCUUUCUGCGGAUGGGAAGAAGAUCAUGGUUAACAGUAAUGAGGAAAAGGUCGAGCUGGGAAAGAUAUAUGUUGCCCUGCAUAGGGAUCCUUUUGAGCACUUAUAUGGUCCCGCUCGUUUAUGGCAAAGUGAGUAUAAGGUUUACGAUGUGGAGGAGUUGAUCAACAAGGUUGAUCCUGGGUAUGGUCCUGUGCUCGAAGAGUCUUUUUUGAGGCACGGGUUUUGGCCAGAGUUGGAUAUGGAUCAAAACAGACCCCGACAUUGUUAUUAUACCGAUGUAAGCUGGGAACGGAUUCCUAGGGAGGAGUAAAGUGAUGACUUGAGAGAUCACUAGCAGUUGUUUUUUCCUUUUGUUUAACGGACAGUCAGAAGCGUUGGGCUUCCUAAUUGUAAGGCGAUCACUAGUGUUUACUUGUUCGUAACUUUGCAUAUGUCGAAGCAGAACGAAUGUUAGAAUUUGUGCUGAGUAUUUGGAGCCAAUGUUGGCCUUUACUUUACUUUGUUAUUCGGAGAAUGUGCAUUUUGGUGA